AAUCUACUGACCAGAGGCUUGAGGCCACUGUUGAUGCCCUGACAAGGACCCCUGUUGCCUGAGAGCGUGUGACCCCCACACACAUACUUUGGAAGCCACUGUUAAAAGCUGCUACUGCCACAGUGAUUGAGCUGAUAAUACAGUCUCGUUCUUGCUCUUUUUUCAAUCAGAAAAUCAAUCAUGGCUCAGGUCCCCCGUGUUUAUCAUACAUGCUACUCAUCUUAAGUAAGCAACGGUGCUCAUCUGACGCGCUGACGUCACUAUAUCUUUGGCAGCACUUCCUGGAGUGGUGUUUGUUGUGGGAAAUAACUGCCGUGGUGCUGUACCGGGGAGGAUUGAGGCCACGUUAACGGCAGGAGGACGGUACAGACUGCCACACUAUCCUACCUCCAAGCAUGUUGUCGCGGCAGCUUUCGACCGGUGUCAGAUAAGGCAGCAGCAGUGACGGCUGAGACUGAGGAAAGACAAGGUGGAUAUUUACGGACAGCCAGCAGAGCGGACGCAACAGCAGGGAGCUGUCGCGAUGUUGUAGCUAAACCAUGGACAGCAGAAUAAAGGAAAAUCCAGAAAGGACAUUUGAUCUGGUUGUACAGGUGGGAUGUCCAACAUCUGAAAAUGAGGAUCCAACCGUGCUGUGGAGCUUCCCUCAGGACCACACAGACCAGGAGGUCCUUCAGACGAUACCAAAGUUCUGCUUUCCCUUUGACGUGGAAAGGGUUUCUCAGAAUCAGGUGGGGCAGAACUUCACCUUUGUUCUGACAGACAUUGACAGCAAACAGAGGUUUGGUUUCUGUCGACUCACUCAAGGCUGCCGGGUCUGCAUAUGUCUGCUCAGUUAUCUACCAUGGUUUGAGAUUUACUACAAGCUGCUAAAUACCCUGGCAGACUACCUAACAAAACAACAGGAAAAUGACUUGAAUGACAUGCUGCAUUCUCUCUAUGAUCUGCCUGUGCCAAAGCCCUUCACGCCAGUCAACCUGAGUGUGAAUAAGAAGUUGUAUAUUGCCACUGGGCAAGUACUGAGAGAUCGGCAAAGCAAGGAGCCGCACUCCUACUUCAUCGCCCCAGAUAUCAAUGGACUGCCAACUAUCCCUGAGAGUAGGAACCUGACAGAGUACUUUGUGGCUGUGGACGUCAACAACAUGCUCCAGCUCUAUGCCAGUAUGCUGCACGAACGGCGCAUCAUCAUUACCUCGAGCAAGCUUAGCACUUUAACUGCAUGUGUCCACGGUGCAGCUGCUUUGCUCUUCCCCAUGUACUGGCAGCACAUCUUCAUCCCUGUGUUGCCCCCACAUCUCCUGGACUACUGCUGUGCCCCCAUGCCGUACUUUGUAGGAGUCCAUCUCAGUCUGCUCGAGAGAGUACGCAGUCGCUCACUGGAGGAUGUGGUCAUUCUGAAUGUGGACACGAACACCCUGGAGAGUCCCUAUGAUGACCUGCACAACCUACCCAGUGACGUGGUGUCCUCUCUGAAGAGCAAGCUGAAGAAGCAGUCAACAGCAACAGGAAGUGGUGUGGCAAGAGCCUUCCUGAGGGCGCAGGCCACUCUCUUUGGAUCCUACUGGGAUGCCCUUAGAUAUAAACCUGGGGAACCAAUUACAUUCUGUGAGAAGAGCUUUGUGAACCAUCGCUCGAGCACCAUGAGGAACUUCCUUUCUAUGGCCGUCAACCUCCAGCUCUUCAAACAGUUCAUCGAUGGACGGCUGGCCAAAUUGAACGCAGGCCGCGGCUUCACCGACCUGUUUGAAGAGGAGGUCACAGAAGGGGGCUUCUGUGGAAGUAAUUCAAGGUCUUAUCAGCAGUGGAUGCACACAGUAAAGAAAGGAGGAGCACUCAUCAACACAGCUGUGACAAAGGCCAAGAGUCAUGCCAAGAGGGGCAUCCGGGACAUUAAGGGCAGACUUAAAGCGAGGGAAGAAGAAGAGGGGCUGAUGGUCUGUGCCGGGUCUCCCACCAGCACCAAGAGCCUGUCUCCAAGGAGACUGCAGAAGAUGAAACAGCAUAAAUUCAGCAAGUCUCCCAUGAGCAUGGGCCCUCGGGAUCUUGGCUUCGGGCUAGAUGAUGAUGAGCUGGACACUGCAAGCAAGGUCUCUUCAGAGGACAGCAGGGAUGUUCCUUCCUACACCGCAGACAGCGACGAUUCUUACUCGCUGGAGUUGGACAUUGACUCCUCCCGCUCAGGCCAGAUGAACCUGCUGGAGGAAAUCCUGGACUCUCUGAACACCACAACAAUUGAGCAAGGCAGACUCAGCGCUGCCAAGAGUCUGGACUUUUUCAGGUCCAUGGAUGAUUUGGACUACAAGGCUCCGACAAAGCCAGCUCCGUCCAGUGAGUCUAAACCUGCAGAUGAGAGUGGUCAUGGUGGAGCCGAGGAUCAAGGAGGUUGGAACAUGGGCCAGGACGACAGCGUGGUCCAUGGGAAACACCUUCCGCCGUCCCCACGCAGACAGCCCACCAAGAGCAGCCUGAAGGUGGCAAAGAAACCUAACACAACUCUUGCAGUGCCCGUCAUCAUUGCUACACCCCCAGCCCAGGACUCUGACAUCUCCAAGUCCCUGUCACGCCCUCGUCAGCUCAACUCUGACACAGCCCUUCAGCCUCAAGGACGACAACCAGGAGCACGCUUCUCUUACUCGCCUGCACUGUUUCAUAAACCCACACCGCCAUCUUCCCUCUAUCACACCUACAGUUCUCCAGCACCCGUUUCUCACUCAAACCAUUCUGCCAUACUAGAGGGUAGAUCUCGGACCUCUUCAGAUCCUCAAGCCAGCGCUGAGCCUUCUCAGACCCAGAACCAGACAUCUUCCACCAGCGUCCUGCAGAGGAAGGUUAUGUCCAAGGACACAGCAAGGCAUUACCAGGAAAAGGGCUUCCAGAGGCAUGGCAGCAAGGAGUGCCAGAAGGGUGAGGAGACCCCAUUGAGGAACAGACAGUCAACUGUGCAGGUCCCAUGGGAGAAAGAUGUGUCCAAGGAGGGGCUCCUGGGGCUCAGCCUGUGUAUUGGUCAGGGUAAAGGUUCAGGGACAUCUGUGGUGCAGGAUCAAGGCCUCCUCAAGGAGACUGAUCUGUGCUGCCUCAACUCUGUUCUCCACAUCAGUCCACAACUGUCACAGGUUCACUGCAACAACAGUCACCACCAGGUCCAGGGCAAAGCCACAGAGAAGUCAUAAGGGGCGUCAGAGACUCAGUGUCUGUGAAAUACUAUGGGUUCUACUGAAAUCUUAUCAUUGCAAAUGCAAAUACAGUUAGUCACAGUCUCAGAGAUCAUUUCAAAAUUCCGCCAUCAGGAGGAGCCGCAAACAAAGCAGGUGUUGUACAGGCAGCCACAGACAGAGCUACAGGCUCUGCUGCAAAAACAGAGAUGAAUUACUGCUCUGCAGAAUUCUCCAUCUAUCAUUCAUCUCUGUAUUCUAUGAUUAAAUCCUUAUUAUAUGUAGUAGAAGUAUUUUAUUUCAAACAGAAGUCGGCUCAUUUAAUUAACAAAUUUUUUUUUAAAACAACUUCUUCACUCUAACAUUCAGGAAAUAAAUGUUUUAAACUCACUUUUAGAAAACAUUUGAUUCAAAGAAGUUAAAAUCACUGCAGUGGCAGAUUUUUCACAUCCAAUGCAAGAUGAGUACAGUGGUUUUCCUCUAAGUGAAUUGGGACAGCACAAACCCAGGUCAUACUAGUGACAUUCUUUUGUGUUUCUGGUGUGCCGCUGUCCCAGUUGGAUAUUUUUCACUUGCUUUAAGUAACUACAAUUCUUGAAACUCCAUUAGAAACAAAAACGAAAGAGGAGACUCUCGCUGUGUGUUUACCGCAUCAUGUUUCUGUCUAUUCAUUCAUUCUUUCAUUUUCUACCAUCUAGUCCCUGAACGGGGUCACGGGGGGGGGCCGGAGCCAAUCCCGGCUGGCUGUUUCUGUCUAUAGUAUUUCAAAUUCCUGGAUGAUACCUGUAUUUUCAUGUGUUGUUUUCCAUCUUGUAUCAUAUUCAGAAUGCAACACACAUCCAUGACCCAUGACUUAUAUUUUGGAUAAAACAGAGGUGGCCAACUGGUAAUAGGGAAACUGCUCACAUUCCCCGAAGGCCUUUAGAAAAGGCUCAGCACUUUGUCAGGAUUACGAAAGGACCAUAUCUCCUCAACACAUCACUUUGUCAGUCUCUUACUCACAGUGUUCCAAACAUUACACACGAUCAAAUACGAUUUGCACUUGUAGCUUCAGAAAUAAUACUGAGUUAUUACUACAUGGUACUAAAAUAGUUUGAGCAAAAACAACAAUGUGAGACAGGAUUUUUCAGACACAAAGUCCACUCCUGCCUUUGAAACUGCAUAUGCACUGUGUAAUAUAAUGUUUUUUGACUUAAACUAGCAAUUUUUCAUACUCUGGUGUCCUAAUCUAAUGGUACUAUAACAGGUACUUUGUAAUCAGAAUAAUUUGAGAUCCUAAAUGCAACAGGUGAUAGUACCUGAUUGAUAAGAGUAGUUAAUAUAUAAGACAUGCAUUUAGGGACCUCCCCUUUUCUCUUGUCCCCGUGUUCCUCGGGACAUUUCUGUCACUUGAAAAAGAUGCAAAUAGAGUCAAAGGUUGAAAUGGAUUUCAAAAAGCCAGUGUCCAUUCUUCAUUUCCUUUGCUGUAUCCUCUCCCACCUUCGCCACUUUUCUCCAUAUGUCACUCCUAAUUUUCUGCUUUUUUACUAUAUUCAGCACAUCUAACUUUCACUCCCAACUUUAAAAAAACAAAAACAAUGGUCAGUUGUUUCACAGCUUGUGAGGUUUGGAGAGGAUGUAGGAAAGUCACAUGUCAAAGGGAUAAGCCUGGUAGUAUUCUGCAUGUGUGUGCCAUUAUCAAAUCCCGUGAAAAGACAUAAACUAGCAAGGCAUUAUUCUAAUUCAGACUUCCCUAACCUGUCUGUGGCGCUCAGC